AUGACCUUUGUGCGGGCUACAAUUCUUAAAAGAGAUUUCAGGAGCGACAUGGAGGUGGUAUACACGGUUAAAAUACUAUGGGACUUUAAGGUUUAUAACGCUUAUGUUAAUCAGAAACCGCACAUCUUCGGUAAAUGGACUACAAGUUUAUGCAACUUUUCUCCACAAGUGAAAUACCUUACACCAUACAUAAGGACAGCUCUAUAUCUAGGCAUUUACAAGAAUAACUGUGACUGCAAUGGGCUGCAAUUCUUAUUCCAAUAG